AUGGCACCUAAAUUGCUAACUUGGGACAUUGGCAAUUCGGUGCAGGACGCAUUUGUCAUAGCAGUUGAGGAGCAUGCAAGAGAACGUCUACAACGUUUAGCGGCCUUAAAUCGUGUUACACCUGUGGAUAUUACUCAGUUAUCGAAAAAGCUCCAGCAAACCAAAAGCGGUGCCCCCUCAACACAAAAGCAGGAUUUAAGUUUUCUCAACGAAGCAUCGCCGAUUUAUGUGACCUCAUUUAAUAGUAAUCACACGGCGUGUAAUAGUACCACCCUCACAACAGCCGGUGUUGCCACAUCAACGGGUACAGCUGGUCUGAUUAGUGCCACAACAAUAACACCGACAGCUGUUGCGGCGACCACAACAAAUGCCACACUGUCCAAACCGAAAACAGUACCGGCCAGCGGUGUAGCUUUGUCGACAGCAAUUGCCGGUGUGGGAGCAGCAGCUACCGCAGUAAAGGCUGCCUCGUUGGGCCCCAUAACAACCGGUAACACCUCAAUAGCGGCAGAUAGAAAUGCCAAUAAUUGUACUCAGGCUACUGCAACAACAGGAACAUCAUCAAUCACAGGAAUUACAACAGCAACAACAAACACAACAACUGGCACCUCAACAAUAUUGACAAAUCAUAAUAGUAUCUAUCAGGCGACAGCCCUUAGCAAAUUACCCUCCUCAUUGCCGCACAAAAAGCUAACCAUUGCCCGUAGCCUUCAGCAUUUGGAAGUGAAGGAGGAAGAUGAUGACGACGAUGACCUGGCUGCAUUAGGUGCCAAUUUGUGUAACAUCAAUUUCAUUAACUAUAAAAAUAAGCAUGCCGAGAUACCCACGCCCACCAGUAGUACAGCACCACUGAAUAUUGCACCAUUUGCUGUCGGGACAGCACCGAGUAUUGUGGCCGGGGCCAGUUCUACGCUGGGUAGACGGAAAUCACAACCAAAUAACGCCAUCAUCAGCAACACAACAACAAACACAAACACAGUUACCGUUAGUGCCACCACAGUUGAUGUUCAUCAUUCGGCCCAGGGAGGAGCAUCGACAGCGUAUCACGAUCAUAUACCGCCGCCUUUACAAAUACCACCACCCGCCGCCCAUAAAGUGUAUGUGGAUGCACAGACCUUAACCUCACCCAGGUUAUGCAAGGAGUCGGCAGCCGGUAUAACUUUACCCGAUAUAACUAAGACAGCGGCAGCAACAACAACCACAACAGGAGGAGGAGGAGGAGGAACAGCAUCAGCCACCUCUGUGCCAGUUGCCACAAAAGCGGUACAAGCUUUAAAUAACAAUAAUAAUAAUAACAAUUUAAGAUCCCUAGCAGCUUUAUCAUCGUCAGCGCUAUCAAAACCAUUGACAACUAGUUCAGCAUCGGCAGCCGCAGCAAUACCCAGCAUCACCACCACCACCAUACCCAGUUCGCACACACCCCACAACACCAGUAAUAAUAGCAGCAUUGCUUCCAGUUCCAACCAGACAUCAUCAAUAAUCAGUAGCAUCAACACGACCACAGCAUCAACGGCAACAACAAAACCCCCACUAAGUAGCAGCAGUAAUCUUAGUAAUAAUUCAGCAGCAACAACAACUACCACCACCGAGAAGAGAGGUAAGAAGAAGCUAAUGAAGGUUGUGAUAACUGAAAUUAGUUUAACAAAAAAAUUACUAACCGAUGACGAUGAGGAUGAAACCGAUGAUAUUUUACAAUUGAAUAAUACAACAAAUAGUUUAUCAAAUAAUUUAUCGCAAUUAAACUAUAGUCCAAAUAGCAGCAUAUCAAGAGGUGGAUUUGAAUUAUUAUUAGGCGAUCAAUCGUUGCGGCAGGAUAUAAGAGGCUAUAAUAAGAAAUUGGUUGGUUAUGGUCUUUACUACAUUUCCACAUUAACAGCCUAA